GCCAUAUGCCGAUUGAAGACUCUGUAUGAAGAAAUGGAGGCCCUGCGGUGCGGAGUGUAUUGACAUCGUUUUUUUUUUUUUCAGUUGAGGUUGAUAAUCAUCAAGGUGGUGUGAGUUCGUCCAGUAAACCCAACCAUGGAGUCGGUACUCAACAAACUGAAGAGUACGGUCACCAAAGUGACUGCCGAUGUGACCAGCGCUGUCAUGGGGAACCCUGUGACGAGGGAGUUUGAAGUGGGACGACACAUCGCCAGUGGAGGACCUGGCAUGUCCUGGAGGAUCUACAAUGGAAUCAAGAAGUCUACAAAACAGGAAGUUGCUGUUUUUGUUUUUGACAAGAAGAUAGUGGACAAAUACCAGAAAUUUGAAAAGGACCAGAUAAUAGAUUCCCUGAAAAAAGGAGUUCAGCAGCUUACACGCCUGAGACAUCCACGGCUUCUCACAGUUCAGCAUCCACUAGAGGAGUCCAGAGACUGUUUGGCAUUCUGCACAGAGCCCGUCCAGGCCAGUUUGGCCAAUGUGUUGGGCCAGUGGGACGGUCUGCCAACUCCAGUACCUACAGAUAUCAAGAACUACAAACUGUAUGACGUGGAGAUCAAGUAUGGCCUCUUACAGAUAUCAGAGGGCUUGUCCUUCCUCCACACGGGUGUAAAGAUGGUCCAUGGCAACUUGUGCCUUGAGAAUAUCAUUAUUAAUAAGAGUGGAUCCUGGAAGAUCAUGGGCUUCGACUUCAGCAUCUCUUCCAACAACCCUUCGGAGGCUGAGGCGAAGUAUGUGUGUAAGGAGUGGGACCCCAACCUUUCCCCUCUGUGCCUCCCCAACCCGGAGUACGUGGCGCCAGAGUACAUCCUGUCCGUCAGCUGCGACUCCGCCUCAGACAUGUACUCUCUGGGAGUCAUCAUGCAUGCAGUCUUCAAUGAGGGGCGGCCCGUUUUUCGGGUCACCAAGCAGGACAUCUUCAAGAGCUUCAGCAGACAGUUGGACCAGCUGAGUCGGCUGAGUCCUGCGGUCCUGAGCAAGAUUCCAGAUGACGUGUGUGAACAUGUGAAGAUGCUCCUGAAUGUCACAGCCAGUGUGCGUCCCGAUGCAGAUCAGAUGACAAAGAUCCCGUUUUUUGACGAUGUUGGGGCCAUGACUUUGCAGUACUUCGACUCACUCUUCCAGAGGGACAACCUCCAGAAAUCCCAAUUUUAUAAAGGCCUUCCGAAAAUCUUACCCAAACUCCCAAAGAGAGUGGUGGUACAUCGUAUCCUUCCAGCAUUGACAUCGGAGUUUGUCAACCCAGACAUGGUCCCUUUUAUCUUGCCCAAUGUGCUGCUGAUAGCGGAGGACUGUACCAAAGAGGAAUAUAUCCGCCUUGUCCUACCAGGUCUCACCCCUGUCUUCAAACAACAGGAACCUGUCCAGGCCAGCAACAUGAUCCUCCUAAUAUUCCUGCAGAAGAUGGACCUUUUGUUAACCAAGACCCCUCCAGACGGCAUUAAGAACUGUGUUCUUCCAAUGGUGUACAGAGCUCUCGAGGCCCCCUCCAUCCAGAUACAAGAGCUCUGCUUGAACAUCAUCCCAACGUUUGCCAAUCUCAUUGAGUAUCCCUCCAUGAAGAACGCAAUGAUUCCACGUGUGAGAGCAGCCUGCCUACAGACCUCCUCGUUAGCGGUCCGGGUGAAUUCCUUGGUGUGUUUGGGGAAGAUUCUUGAAUACCUGGACAAAUGGUUUGUUAUUGAAGAGAUCCUGCCUUUUCUCCAGCAGAUCCCCUCCAGAGAGCCUGCCGUCCUCAUGGGCAUUUUGGGAAUUUAUAAAUGCACCUUUACCCACAAGAAGCUGGGCAUCCCAAAAGAGCACCUAGCUGCCAAGAGCCUGCCUCAUCUGAUCUCCCUGAGUAUUGACAACAAUCUCAACCUCAACCAGUUCAACUCAUUCAUGGCCGUGAUCAGGGACAUGCUGGGCAAAAUGGAGGCCGAACACAAGACCAAACUGGAACAGCUCCAUAGUAUGCAGGAACAACACAGGAGCCUCAAUCUGAACCAGACGAAUCAGUCAGUGGAGUCUAGCAGUAUAUCCAAAACCCCAAAUCAAGUGAGUGAGAUUGAUGACAUCUUUGGUGGCAAUUCUAUCAAUGGCAGAGAAGUCAACUCCCCCAUAAGUGCCACAUCCAGAGUGUCACUCACAUUGGAAGAGAAACAGAGAUUAGCCAAGGAACAGGAACAGGCAUCCAAACUGAGGAACCAGCAACCCCUUGAACCCAAGAGUGUAAAAGCAGCCACACCCAUCACACAGACCAAGGACCUUACCAGCAGUUUAAUGAACAACAUGACGACAUUGGGCCACUUGGCUUUAAACAGUACUCCUACGUCGACACCUGCUCAGAGCAGCAGAAUAUCAACUGCCUUCCCUGUGACUGCUGCUAAGAGUGGCAUGGGCGCCGCCAUGGAUCCCAUGAGUAACGGUCUGAGUGCACCCAUGCGUUUCCCAUCAGUGGGCUUGGGUCUGGGCAUAUCUCCAGCCACGCCAGCCAUGUACGGAGGCGGCAUGGCCACCACAACCAGCACACCCAACUUCAGCUCUCUGACACAGAACCCACCCCAGAUCUCUGCCAGAUCUCCAGACUUGUCUGCCUUGGACUCUCUCUUCGUCUCCAACAAGCCUAAAGUCAGCAUGAAUCAAAUGGCCCCGACAUCCAACCAACCCCCCUGGCUGAACCAGUUCGGGCUGAGCCAUCCUUCUCAGACUGCGCCCAUGCAAGCGACUACCCUGGGUAUGACAUCAGUGCAGAGUGGCUUUGGUAUGCAGGCCAAUCCCUUUUUCAAUCCCCAUAACUUUGCCCAGCCAGCUGUGAGCACAUCAUCAGCGCUGUCCAGCGCCGGCCCGAUCAAACACAGCACCUCUGUCAGCAACGAUCUGAAGGACCUCUUUGGAUGAACCUUGGAAAGACCAUGCACAGAGGAGGUCGAGUAAUAAGUGAGAGGUGGAGGAUUGGCUGUGUUACUGAAGUUUUUGGUCUUACUUGAACUGUAUUUCCUCUCAAUUAAUAUAUGAUAUGCUUUGGUCCAGUUAAGAUUAUUUUGUUGUUGUUGUUGUUGCGCUGUGUAAAUCUUUUUGUACAGAACGUUCGAUUCUCACGGCAAUGGUUCAGCAUUGGGAGAUGCACGAAAGGCUACCAUAUGUGCAGAUAUAUAUACGGUAUAAAAUCCACCAUAAAUCGGUCAUGUGAUUUGUAAUUGCCUGACAGAUAGGCACACAGAAAAGGCUUUGAUACAAAGACACACAAAUGUUGAGACAAUUUCUUACGUAUGUUCAUUUUGAUAUAGUGCUUUGGUGUUAGUUUUAUUAUAUUUCAUCUUUGCCCCUGAUUUUUUUUUUUUCUCAUUCAUAUUUUUGAGUCAUAUCUUUGAAGUGAGAAGAUUGUGGAUGCUUGAAAUCAGGUCAAGCUUUUGAGGGGCAUCCAGGACAGGGGUCCGGCGAGGCUGUUGGAGGCUGAUCACCUUUGCAUAGAUAAUGCUGAUGCUGUAGUGAACAAUCGAAUCUGAGUGUUAGACAGGAAGUUAUAUCCGAGUGUGAAGUUGUGUUUAAUAUAACCACUGUCUGAUGUGCUCCAUUGAUUUUGAAAAGAAUGUAUUCACUUGCAUUUGAUUGCAUUUACCAUCUGAGUCCCAGUGGCCAUAGCUAGUCUGUCCUGUAUAGAUCAGUUUCUCAUUGACUCCUGUUCACCUGAAAUCUAGCUCAAAUAUCUCUUCAGAGUAAUGACCUGUGCAUCUUAAAUGGAUAUUCAGUGUAGUGUUAUCACAUCAUUCAUGCUAAAACUUGGUUCAAUCUGUUUCCCUUGCUUUUACAUCUUGGUUGAUGGUUAUGACUGUCAUGCUACUGCAAAAUGUAAUGAGGACACAUUCACCAUUUUAUUCCAUAGGAUCACCUGCCUAUUCAAUUCUAUUCGGUCUCCAGAUCACCACCACCUGUCACAUGGCAGCCAUCUUAAAAGCUGUCUGUAAUUGUUUGUUUUUAAUAUACCAGUUAAACGAUAUGUUCAAGACUACAAGUUUGCCUCUUGUUCACAUGUACCAGUUCGAUUUGGUUGAUUGUAUUCAUACACUCUAUUUUUUAAGGUAGAAUUGAUCGGGUGUAUAUUUAUCAAGGCAAUUCCUAACUCCUUCCAUUCCUCCAAUUCUGCUAUCAAUCCAAACUGAUUAGGACAUUCCGUAAUUCCUUCUGUAAUAAUGACAAGAUAAACCGCCUCCUGAGAGGCCUGAAGUUUCAGAUUAAAUGACUAGAUAAACCACCUCCUGAGAGGCCUGAAGUUUCAGAUUAAUUGACUUUAGCAUUGGUGGGCCAGUCAAGUGAGAACUGAGUGACGCCCAUGAGCUAGAUCCUAUCAUAUGUGCUGAUUAUUGGGGUCCAAUAGAGGUUCAAUCUGGCUGUGGGAUGUUAUGUGUAGUUUAGGGGCACUAUGUGUGCGGGUGACCUUAGUGUUGCACAGUAGCACCAUCACAGUACCACUGUGGUCUGACAUCAGUAAAAGCUCUCAACUCAUACAAGAAGAGGAAUUUAUCUUGUGUUUAUCAGUUAAUAUUCACCCAGAGAAAAGAGCAGUACAAUUAUUAGAAUGUGUAAUGCUUCAUUUCAUCAUUAUUACAAUUUAUUUUCAUCAUGAAAAUUGUUCAGAUACUGCCACCAUGUUAGUUUGGUCUUUACGACUUUUCUCAUCCAUAAUCUAUGAGAAUAAAACAAUAAAAAUCUCUUUUCUGGUC